CAGAGCCCAGAAUGCACAUGGUGAUGAAACACAACAUCUCUGCAGUCAGCAGUUGCUGGGAGGGGCAGCUGGACCAGUCUGCUGCUACUAGAUAGAGAAUAAGAUAAGGAGGCAGCAGCAGCAGGCACAGAGCAGGGAGGGAGAGGAGACACUGAAUCAGCACAGCCUGGCUGCUGCUCCCACAAGGGCACUGACAGGGGCUCCCCAAAAGAGAGAAUUAGGGUUAUAGGAGGAGGGCAGCAGCAGGAGAUAUAAGGACUGUGUGGGGCUACUGCUGCUGCGGGAUGCUGGGAAGAUCCAUGUGAUUAUAGAUCCUGCUUACAUUGCACUCACUCCUCCCCCGCCAUCGCCUGCUUACACCUGAGAGCAGGAGGAAAUAAGGAGGACUGUGGAUGAUCUGGGGAAUGAGCGCGGAGAGGCGAGCUGCGUGUUCCCCUGUGGGGAGGUCAGAGAUCUAGCGUGUACCGCCAGCUGGACCCCCAUCCAUCCUCCAACCUGCAGAGCAUCACCGGGGACUACCGUUGCUGGUUCUUUGGCGGGCGAGAUCUUUUCUUACAUCUCGCACUUGUUUCUCCGAGGAGGCGGCUCGGAGUGGCUGCCAUGGAGCGGGGGUGCCGCAGGCUCUACUACUACUGUGCUGCUGCUGCUGCGGAGGAUGCUCGUGCUGAAUAGCGUCUCGCUGGUACCCGGGCAGCUGCGCGCAUCCCAGUGACACCCAUCGUCCUCCACCACUGCACUCUGCACUCACUCUCCCAGCUGUGCCAGGAUAAGGGCAUUGUAGCGCUAUCCCACCACCGUACAGUCCGUGCCAAUGCCAGGUACACCCUGUCCAUCUAAAUGUUCCUAGGAGAGAGGCAGUGAGGAGUGUCAUCGGAUGCAGGCAUGUUAUAAGAUAAUCAGAAAUACAUGCAUGUACUGAGAGGAAGAUGAAAUGAUAUGAUGAGGAGCAUGUGACGCAGGAAGAGGGAACUCAUUACCUGUAUGAUAGAAAUAAAAGCGAUGGGGAGACAGGCGCAGCCAGGCACAUGAUUUACAGGCUUAAUACAUCUGCCUCAAAGAUCGUUGUCACUUGGUAUAGAGAACUCUUUGGAAUACUUUGAGUGACAGAAAUAUCCGACGUCUCCCUGACAGUUGGAGACAGCAGAAACAAAACAUAUAAAGAGGAAUGGAUACAUGCAAUGCUUUGUAUUCAAUUAAAUAGGAAUCCUUUCUCCCCAAUUCUCAGGGUACAUGAUUGGGCUUUGGAAGAUAAAAACACUACAAAUCUGUUUGCAGCAGCCAAUCAGUGUCCUUCCGUACAACUCAUCAAGGUGAGUCCACAGUCCAGUAUGAUUCUCCCGCUGCCAUCCUGCUUGUGUCCCAUCCUCCUGCUUGUAGUGGGCUCAAUCCUGUCUGGCUCAGCCUCAGGUUGUCCCCAACGCUGUGAUUGCUCUGCUCAGGAUCGUUCAGUCCUUUGCCAUCGAAAGCGUCAUCUCAACGUGCCUGAAGGCAUCCCCACUGAUACUCGUCUUCUGGACCUCAGCAAGAAUCGCAUUAAGGCACUUAACCAGGACGAAUUCUCUGCCUUUCCUUACCUGGAGGAGCUAGAACUCAAUGAGAACAUUGUGUCCAUGAUUGAACCAGGAGCCUUCAAUAGUCUCUUCAACCUACGCUCAUUGGGCCUGCGAAGUAACCGUCUCAAGCUCAUUCCUUUAGGUGUGUUCACAGGACUCAGCAACCUCACACAACUUGACAUCAGUGAAAACAAAAUUGUUAUUCUCCUGGAUGACAUGUUCCAGGACCUGUAUAACCUCAAAUCUCUGGAAGUAGGAGAUAAUGACUUGGUCUACAUUUCUCAUCGUGCCUUCCGUGGACUCAACAGUCUGGAAGAGCUGACGUUGGAAAAAUGCAACCUCACUUUGGUGCCCACAGAGGCUUUGUCCCACCUACAUGGUCUUAUCUCUCUACGUCUACGGUAUCUUAAUAUUAAUGUAAUUCGUGACUAUUCCUUCAAAAGGCUAUUUCGUCUGAAAAACUUAGAGGUGGCACAUUGGCCAUAUUUGGACACAAUGACAUCCAAUAGCCUCUAUGGACUGAAUUUAACUUUGCUUUCUAUUACACACAGCAAUCUGAGCAGUAUACCAUAUGUGGCAAUCAGACACCUUGUGUAUCUUCGAUUUCUUAACCUUUCCUACAAUCCCAUCACAUCUGUGGAGGGAUCUAUGAUGCAUGAGUUGCUCAGACUUCAGGAGUUUCACCUGGUUGGGGGUCAGCUGGCUUUGGUGGAACCUUAUGCUUUUCGUGGUCUCAACCAUUUGCGAGUACUAAAUGUCUCCUCCAAUCUCCUUAGUACACUGGAAGAAUCUUCCUUCCAUUCUGUAGGCAAUCUGGAGACGCUGAUUUUGGACCACAACCCAUUGGCUUGUGACUGCCGCCUACUAUGGAUCUUCCGACGUCGAUGGCGCCUUAACUUUAAUCGACAGCAGCCAUCCUGCUCCAGCCCAGAAUAUGUGCAGGGAAAGGAGUUUAAAGAUUUUCCUGAUGUCCUGCAGCCCAAUUAUUUCACAUGCCGACGUGCACGCAUCCAGGAUCGAAGUCCGCAGGUGGUACAUGUAGAUGAAGGUCAUACUGUACACUUUUUCUGCCGGGCCGAUGGCGAUCCACCACCAACCAUACUUUGGCAGUCACCACGUAAGACUUUCAUCACCAGCAAAAGUAAUGGGCGCCUAACUGUAUUUCCAGAUGGAACUUUGGAGGUACGUUACGCCCAGAUACAAGACAACGGGACUUACCACUGUGUGGCAAGUAAUGCUGGUGGCAAUGACUCUUCAUUGGCUCAUCUCCAUGUGCGUAGUUAUUCGCCAGACUGGCCCCAUCAACCCAACAAGACCUUUGCCUUCAUCUCAAACCAGCCGAAUGAAAGCGAUGUCAACAGCACUCGCGCAAAUGCCCCAUUCCCAUUUGAUAUUAAGACUUUAAUCAUUGCCACCACCAUGGGCUUCAUCUCCUUCUUGGGGGUGGUCUUGUUCUGCUUGGUCCUACUCUUUCUGUGGAGCAGGGGAAAAGGAAAUACUAAACACAACAUUGAGAUAGAGUAUGUGCCACGAAAGUCUGAUGCUGGACUCUCUUCUGCAGAUGCACCUCGCAAGUUCAAUAUGAAGAUGAUCUGAUGCUGGUUGAGCACUGGGGAUGAUAAGGAUAGUAAGGGCAGGUAGUGAAAUGCACGGAGCUCUUUGUUGUCCCAUCUUCCCUGUGUAGUCAUUAAUAGACAAGCGAUAUGACUUUCUGGAGGGGAGCAAUGGUCACAGGAAUUGCUUGUCCUGUCCUUUUAGACCCAUGGAUUUGUACAUUUGGGGAAUGACCUUUGCACUUUUAACCUUGUGAGUUUGACCCUCUAAACUUCCCCAGAUCUCAAAAUGCCCACCUGGAUCAUACCAAUAGUACAAUUGUUGAUAUUAGGGCCAUAACGCUAGGUUGGAUUCAAUCAAUAUGACAAUUGUUAAUAAAAAGAAUAUGUGCAUCCGCAAUGUGGAGCAGGAAGUGUUGAGAAAGUGGGAGGCCAAGAGACUCUAAAACGGAACUUUGACCUCUGUAUCUUCUCCUAAUUUCAUUACUUGUGAUUUUUAUGGAAAAAAAAUAAAUACAAAUAUUAUUGAAAAAAUAAAGAAAGAAAAACUGUAAAAGUCCAAAAAA